GCGUCAAUUCAAUUUUCUUUCACUCGAUCCUCUUUCGGGCUCUCCCCGUUUCGCCAGUUUGACUUCCUUUUACUCUGAUUUUGGUUCCGAAGGUUUCAGAUGUGAAUUUAUAGCAGCGCAAUCGCGUAUAGAACAGAGAUACAAUGACUAUGAAGGACUCAAAUUUAGAGCUUCUACCUGUUUCGUCAACCAUUUCUCCACCAAAUUCCUAUGAAGCUGUUGUUCUAGGAGGCACCUUUGAUCGUCUACACGAUGGUCAUCGUCUUUUUCUCAAGGCAGCUGUAGAGUUGGCUAGAGAUCGAAUUGUGGUUGGUAUACUUGAUGGCCCUAUGUUGUCCAAGAAACAGUUUGCCCAUCUUAUUAUGCCUAUUGAACAGCGAAGAAAAACCGUUGAAGAUUACAUUAAGUCUAUCAAGCCUAAUCUAGCAGUGCAAGUUAUACAUAUCACAGAUCCUUAUGGUCCUGCAAUUGUUGAUAAGGAUCUGGAGGCCAUUGUUGUCAGCCAGGAAACCCUACCUGGUGGAUCAUUGGUAAACAAGAAGAGAGCCGAGAGAGGCCUUUCACAACUAAAGGUUGAAGUUGUAAAUCUGGUAUCUGAAGAAUCUAGUGGAGAAAAACUGAGUUCCACCACACUGAGGAAGCAAGAGGCUCACAUUGCUGGAAAACUUUAGCCAGGUUAACAGAUUGAGGAUCUUGAUUAUGUGCUCUGAAGGUUUAAUUGUUUGGAUAUAAAGUUGGUUUUUCACAAAUGGAAUCAUGAUCAUCCUUUCUUGAAUUGCCAAUGGUUGGAUAUGAGGUUGGAAUCCAUAUGAAAUUCCUGAAGAUCUCAUGAAUGUGAUGCUUUAUGCAUCUUACUUUGUGUUUGUAAACCUCAUGAAUAUGAUUCUUUCUUGUGUGCUAAUUAGUGAUGGACGAAAAUUUAUAUAUAAGGUGGACAAAUGAAAUUACCAAAUGAUUUUUUUAGAGAUUUGUAUAGAAGAGGUCAAUAAAGCGGGUCGAAAUGA